GGUGAUGAAACUGUGUACACGUGUCUUGUGCUGCAGAUCGUGUUUUAGUAAGUAUCUUUACCCUACUAUUCGCGGUUUUGCUGGUAGCAGUGUAGCGUUACGCCCAUUGCCACCGGAGUGGGGUUCAAGAAAGGCGACGAAUCUUCGAAAAUCGAAAGCUGAAGGAAUAUCUCGGCCGGCGGUGAUCAACAGCGUCAUGAGCAACGAUAUCGGAGGAACAGAUGCUGGAGGUGGAUUGCUCUAUGCUGACGCUGGAGAGUGUUCUCAUUGCCUCGGGACACGUCGAACGCUUCUCUGACUACAUGGUGAAAGACGUCAAGACGGGAGAAUGCUUCCGCGUCGACCACAUCAUCAAGUCCGCGCUCGAGAAGAAACGCGCCGAGAAAAAGACCACCGUCGAAGAGAAGGCCGAGAUCGACAACAUCCUCGUGCGUCUCGACGGCUUCGACAAGGACCAGAUGACGGAGACGCUGCGUCGCUACGGCGUCCGCUCGCCCGUCACGCAGAACGACGUCACCGACCCGAUCGAAUUCAACCUGAUGUUCGCGACGCAGAUCGGCCCGUCGGGGCACGUUCGCGGCUACCUGCGUCCGGAGACGGCGCAGGGCAUCUUCGUCAACUUCAAGCGGCUGCUCGAGUUCAACCAGGGGCGGCUGCCGUUCGCCGCCGCACAGAUCGGCACGGCGUUCCGCAACGAGAUCUCGCCGCGCUCUGGCCUCGUGCGCGUCCGCGAGUUCCCGAUGGCGGAGAUCGAGCACUUCGUCGAUCCCGCGUGCAAGCGGCACCCGAAGUUCGCGAGCGUCGCCGACAUCGCCGUGACGAUGUACUCGGCGGCGCGGCAGAUGGAGGGCCGCGCGGCGGAGACGAAGACGAUCGGCGAGGCGGUCGCCGCGGGAACGAUCGACAACGAGACGCUCGGGUACUUCAUGGGCCGCAUCUACUCGUUCGUGCUGAAGAUCGGCUGUGACCCGGCGCAGGUGCGAUUCCGCCAGCACAUGGGCAACGAGAUGGCUCACUACGCGUGCGACUGCUGGGACCUCGAGUGCAAGACGUCGUACGGCUGGAUCGAGUGCGUCGGAUGCGCCGACCGCUCCUGCUACGACCUCACGUGUCACUCGCGCGCGACUGGCGCGCGCCUCGUCGCCGAGAAGAAGCUGCCGGAGCCGAAGACCGUCGACAUCGUCGAAUGCCAGCCGCAGAAGGGCGAGCUCGGCCGCGCGUUCAAGAAGGACGCGCGCGCCGUCGGCGACCAUCUAGCCGCGCUCGACGCGGAGGCGGUCGCGGCGCGGCUCGUGAGCGCGACAUGGAAGAGCGCGGGGGCGGCGACUGGCCGAACGCGCUGCCGCAGCUCGUGUGCUGACCUCGCGGUACUGACGCGGCACGCGCUGGCGCGAGGUCCCGAGGCACGCUACCCGCCGUUCGUCCAGCAGGAGACGACGGCAACGAAGUGA